GCCGCUCGGUCCUGCUCUCCCACGCGCGCGAUGGAAUGUUGAGGUGACUCUCGCGCCAAAGAGGAGCGCCACAACACGCACGAGCCAAAGCAGCAGCACUAACACGAGGCCACGAACGUUUUUGCCGGUUAGAGAUGAGCGACGACGAGCAAAGCAAGCAGCCGUUUCUGGACGGUUCUACACCUCGGUCCACGGCUUUGGUGGGCAAAAAACAGCCUCGCAUGCCGAAAUGCUCCCGCUGCAGGAACCACGGCUUCGUCUCGCCUCUAAAGGGCCACAAGCGCUUCUGUAACUGGCGGGACUGUCAGUGCCAGAAAUGCAAACUGAUAGCGGAGCGCCAGCGCGUCAUGGCGGCUCAGGUGGCUCUGCGGCGUCAGCAGGCUCAGGAGGAGGAGAUGGGCAUCUGCACGCCAGUGAACCUCUCUGGUCCAGACAUCGUGGUGAAGAACGAGCCUGGAAGUGAUUACGGCUUUGCAGUGGGAGCGAGAUCACCUUCCUCCACCAGCACUGGAUCUGCUUCUUCUCCUGCAGCCUCUGCGAGCCGCUCUUCACUGUCGCCGAGCCCCACGGCAGCCAGCAGGGGACACUCUGAGAGCUCAGCUGACCUGGUGAUGGAUGCCUCCUACUACAACUUUUGUCAGCCUUCCCGCUAUCCAGCAUACUACAGCAAUCUCUACAAUUAUCAGCAGUACCAGCAGAUGCCCAGUGUAGAUAGCCGCCUGUCCAGCCACAACAUGUCCCAGCAAUACCGUAUGCACUCCUACUACUCUGCAGCCUCCUACCUAAGUCAAGGCCUGGGCACGGCUGCCUGCAUGCCCCCCAUUUUCACCCUGGAUGACAACAACAUCUGCCCUGAGCCCAAAACUGCAGCUUUCUCUUCUGAUGGAGUUCCUGACACCAGCCUGGCCUGCAUGCCCAUCAACCCUAUGGUGAGUGCUGAGAACAAGGCAGAGUGUGAGUCCAUCUCCGACUCUGGAGUGUUUACUGUGGACUCCAUUAUAGAGGGAGCUGGCAAGUAAAAGUAAAAGAGAAUAUACCAACUGCACUUGACUUACCUCAUGGCACUAGGGGGUUAAGGCCAUGUUGUUUUUUUCUCAAGAGAUUUUCCUCAAGAGCAUUAUAUGCUAAAAUAAGUUGUGACUAUCAAGUUUAGCUUUUUUGCUAUUUAGUGAUUGAAUUUUAGAUUUUUUAAAUUUGGUUUUAGGCCAGAUUGCAUAAGGAACUUUAUGUGCCUUCAUAUAAAUAUCCAUAUGCAUUUAGCCACCUUGAUCUAUUUCAAAAUCACAAGACAGUUAAAGAGUUUGAGCAAACAGAAGAUAUUUUAAAAAUGUAGAUGUAUUUCUAACCAGACUUAUUUUUGAUCAGUUUACAAUCAAAAAGAUGUUCAUUUUGUUUCCUAAAAGAGAGUUCAUUCAAUGUUUGCACGUAAAACUGCAAUCUGCAGUGCACGUCAGCUUUAUGACUUUUGUUAUUGCUUUGAUAAUUACAAAUGUUUGAACAAGUUAUUUUUUACUAUUAAUGUACAGCAGAUGAGUUUCUACCCAUACUGUGAUAUUCAGUCUCUGAUCAUUUUAGCACCUUUCAUCCAGACAACAGGGGAUGUAGUCAUGGGUUAGUAUGCAGGAAGGUAUACUAAUGAAUUAUUCUUCAAUCUCACUACAACCAGUGCUUUGUUUAUUUAUGGCCACCAGCAAAUGGGCAUCAUUUAACUUUGGAUGAUUUGCAUCACUAUCUACCUCCUUGAAUUGUGAGAGGUUCCACACUUUACUUUAUAAGCUGAAUGCUUCUACCCUUUCUUUGCAUACCAUAGAGUUGUCACUGUAUGUCCUUGACAAUAAUACCCCUGCUUGACAAUAACAAUGUUUGAUAACUUGCCUUAAUUAACAAAAAUACUCUAUACAGCCCCAGAU